GAUAUAAGAACAACGAUGAACACUUUGACUCUCCACAGUCAUUUCCAACUAAACUAUCAUCAAGUUCAAGGACAUACAUCUUCUGAAAGAGAAACAUCGAAAGCUGUGCUACAGAGACCUUUUGAGGGUCAGGAGCUCAAUGUAACAAAAGGGUCCAAUAAACCAGGACUGGCUGUUCUCAUAGGUGUGAUUUUUAUCAGCGGAGUAUCAUUCUGCAAAUCCAUUGUGAUAAACAGCUUUUUCUGUGAUCAUGGAGCUGUACUACUUUUGGCAUGCGAUGACAACCCUCCAAGUGCUGUGAUGAACUGGACGCAUCCUGUUACAAUUCUGUGGUUACCGGUACUUUUUAUCACAGGUACAUAUAUCUGUAUAGCCAGAGCAUUAUUUAAAAUUUCAGAAACUUCUGAGCGCCUCAAAGCCAUGAAGACCUGCACCUCUCAUUUGAUCUUGGUGGGUGUGUUUUAUCUUCCUAUAUGUAUCACCUAUGCAAUGGGCUCAGCCAUUCAACUGAACGCCUGGAUAGUAAACAUGUCUCUGACGACUGUCUUGCCACCAAUGCUGAAUCCAAUCAUUUACUCUCUGAAGACAGAGGAAUUCACAGAAUCCAUUAAAAAGCUGUACAGAAGAAACAAGAUACACUUCGUUGUGAGGAACAAAUGAAUAAAUGUUUUAAUCACAAAUGACUGACUAGCAA